AUGUCACUUCAGGAUCUCAUCCCUGUGGUGAACAAGCUCCAGGACAUUGUCACCACCACCCAGUUAGCAGACUUGGAUCUUCCAAUUCUUGCUGUGGUGGGUUCGCAAUCGUGUGGAAAAUCGUCUGUUUUGGAGAAUAUUGUAGGCAAAGACUUUCUUCCUCGAGGCACUGGAAUCGUCACCAGAAGACCGUUGGUACUCCAGCUUAUCAAUAUCAAGGCAGAGGAUGCGAGGAAAGUAGCACAGUACUCCGAGGAGGAAACUGAGGUGGAUUUGGAAGCACAUUUGCGCAAGCAAACCUCCAAAACAAAGAGCAGCAAAGACCAAGUUCGGGAAUGGGGUGAAUUUUUGCACAUUCCAAAGAAGAAGUUUUUCAAUUUCCACGACAUUCGUAAUGAGAUUGAAAACGAGACUGCUAGAAUUGCUGGCGAAAACAAGGGUAUCAGUAGAAUCCCAAUCAACUUGAAGAUUUACUCGCCCAACGUGUUGAAUUUGACAGUGGUGGAUCUUCCUGGAUUGACCAAAAUACCCAUUGGUGACCAGCCCACCGAUAUCGAGAGACAGACGAGAUCCCUCAUUCUGGAGUAUAUCGCCAAGCCAAACUGUAUUAUCUUGGCGGUGUCGCCAGCCAAUGUCGACUUGGUCAACUCAGAAUCGUUAAAACUCGCAAGGCAAGUCGAUCCCACGGGAAAGAGAACCGUUGGUAUCUUGACCAAGCUUGAUUUGAUGGACCAGGGAACGAAUGCUUUGGACAUUCUCAAGGGUAAUGUGUAUCCAUUGAAGCUUGGAUUCAUUGGCAUUGUCAAUAGAUCCCAACGUGAUAUCUCCGAGAACAAGCUGUUGGAAGACUCACUUUUUGCGGAGCAGCAGUUCUUUGCUAGCCACCCCUCCUAUAAAACCAUGUCCAACAAGUGUGGUACCAGGUAUUUGGCCCAGACCUUGAAUAAGAUAUUAAUGAAUCAUAUUCGUGAUCGUCUUCCAGACAUCAAGGCCAAGUUAAACACUCUCAUGGGACAAACUGAACAGGAAUUGGCAGCCUAUGGCGAUACCCCUGCCAAUUUAAACGAUUCCAAAGAGGGACGUGGUGCGUUGGUUUUGAGCUUGAUGACCAAGUUCGCCAAUAGCUUUGUCAAUUCUAUCGAAGGUACAUCCAUGUCCGAAGUCAGCACCAAAGAACUUUGCGGUGGUGCUCGUAUCUAUUACAUUUACAAUGAAGUAUUUGGAUCUCAGUUGGCGUCGAUCAACCCCACUCACAACUUGUCUAUCCAUGACAUCAGAACAGCAAUCCGCAACUCCACUGGUCCUCGUCCAUCGUUGUUUGUGCCAGAACUCGCGUUCGACCUCCUCGUUAAACCCCAAAUCAAGCUUCUCGAAGAACCUUCACACAAGUGCGUGGAACUCGUUUAUGAGGAGUUGAUGAAAAUAGUACACAACGUCUGCUCCACUGGCAUAGGAGUGGAAUUGAACAGAUAUCCUCGUCUUCAAAGCAAGCUUAUUGAGGUUGUUUCAGACUUAUUGAGGGAACGUUUGGGUCCCACCAUCAAGUAUGUGGAACUGUUGAUCGAGAUCCACACUGCUUAUAUCAAUACCAACCAUCCCAAUUUUGUUGGCGCUGCCAAGGCUAUGAGCAUGGUUGUGGAAGAGCGUCAACGUCAAAUGGAGUUCAACCUGAAAGACAAAUUGAAGUUGGCCAGCGAGCGCAUCCUCAACGGGAACAGAAGUGACUCUCCUGAAGAGAAUAGCGAGAGCGAGAAGGACAGCGAUGGAAUGGAUAUCAAUGAAGUGGAUGAUGUCAUCAAACCAGUUAAGCAUAAAAAAACGGACUCCAAACAAAAUGGAGCCUUGCGGUCCGAUUCAACACCCACUUUGACCGGGGGAACACCACACGAUUCUUAUUUAAAUUACUUCUUUGGCAAGGACCCAAUAACGCACCAACAAUACCUCCAAACCCAGGCACAACUAAAUCCCACGCCAUUCAAGUUUCCCCAGCAACACGAAUCCACAUUGAAAUUCAACUCUAGCUUUGUUCCAAACGAGACGAAUGGAUCAGUUUCGCCAGAUAUGAAGGCGUUGAGCCUCAGUGACCUGUUUGACAGCGACGAGACCAUCAACGAGCUCAGUGAGCGCGAGCAACUCGAAUGCGAAUUGAUUAGAAGGUUGAUCAUCUCGUACUUCAGCAUUGUCAGGGAGAUGAUCCAAGACCAGGUGCCCAAGUCGAUCAUGUGUCUCUUGGUGAACUACAUAAAACAGCAUAUCCAGAACCGAUUGGUGGUCAAGCUCUACAACGAUGUUAUGUUUGACGACUUGUUGCAAGAAGAUGAAACCAUUCAAAUGGAGCGGGAGAAAUGCGUGGAUUUGUUAAAUACCUAUCGCGAGGCAUCGCGGAUCAUCAGCGAUGUCGUCUAG